AUGCAAGUCAAGCUAAACGAGCUGAACCAGCAGCUUGAUAGCCAGGUUAAACCGGAAGACGUACAGCGCAGUCAUAAUCGUCUACCGGAGGUAACCCAGCACCAAAACAUGCUCUAUACCCGGAGGGAAUCGUUCGAGUCACGUGACAGUAGUUUUAAUCCGCAUUUUGGAACGGAAAUCCUACACGAGUCAAUCAACAACAACUACGUCACUGAUUCCGCAUAUGACGUCACAAAACAGAGCCUCACCGACAAUACUUAUUAUCCGGCUGAGAGAAUGGCUCCAUUUCCGGUUACAUCUCCUGUACUGCUGACCACAACUCCACAGUCAGCUUCCUCUGACGCGGCCUCGGAUAGAUCUUGUGAGGAAGAAGAACUGAUCGAUGUUGUCAAUGACUCACUCGGAACGUCUCUAGGAAGUGACUCACUCGGAACGUCUCUGGAAAAUGAUUCCCUUGGAACAUCUCGUUCUACUGAUAUUUCUUGCAAGGAGACGGAUAUGUCCAUGUCUACCCAGAGUUCUCUAUCGGACCAAUCUCCUUCCGCCGGAAGUCUUACAACGUCAUCACCGGAACUCUCUACUGCAGUGACACCAGAAUCUGCACAAACUUCUAAAAUAAAGAAAAGGACAAACUAUUCGCCUAGUCAAGUCCAGGCAUUGGAGAAAGUGUUCCAUGAAAAUCCCUACCCUGACUCGGAACGCAUGGAAGAAAUGUCACGUGACCUUGGUAUCGCUGAAACUAAGAUAAAGGUUUGGUUCCAGAACAAACGAGCUCGAUGGCGCAAGAGGGUGCAAGAUGACAAACGCAUGAUGGCAUACGACCACAGGGCGUUUCCAUCCCCCUUCAUGUCGCCUCUUUCCCCAGUCAUGUCACCAGUCGCCUCCUACGGUUUUCUGCCCGGAAGUCCUAUGCUUGGGUCACCCUCCUCGCCAUCCCAAGUCGUGCCCGGUCCUAUGAUGCCAUUUCCCCGUCCACCUACGUCACCAAGCUCACCUCUAGCCAAUCAGAAACAGCCCUCAGUGAUGACACCGCCUUUCCAACAACGCCCACAGCUGCCUGGAUAUUUUUACUCGUUUCCCUACGGAAUGUACCCGCCUUACUUCUGUGGAUAG